GGCUGCCCCUCUCGGUAACCCUUGGAUUCUGAAUUUCUGACUCUGAUCUCUGAUGGGAGGUUACAAAACCAAAGUCGGACUCGUGCUCUGCAUCCCUAUCACUCCCCCGUCUCCUUACCUCCGCGGCCGACAGGAUGCAAGGGGAGGAUCGCGUGGUACCGGUGUACGCAUCGGGAACCCAGGUUCUCCAAAAGCUACAGGAGAAAUGGGAAUCCACCAAACAAGGUUACCCAGCAAUGUACUCCAGUGUCGUUGGCGGCAUCAUACUUGAUCCAUCGAUGAUGGUGAUCCCGAUUGACGAUCACAUGGUUCACAGAGGACAUGGCGUUUUCGACACUGCUACCAUUUCUGAUGGCUACUUGUACGAACUGGAUUCUCACCUGGACCGGCUCCUCGUUUCUGCAUCCAAAGCAAAGAUCGAUCCGCCAUUCCCGCGCGAGACGCUGCGCAACAUACUUCUCCAGAUGACUGCAGCCUCCGGAUGCAAGAACGGCUCAAUCAAGUACUGGCUGAGUGCCGGCCCCGGCGACUUCCUGGUGUCGCCAAAGGGCUGCACGGGGUCCGCGUUCUACGCCGUCGUCGCCGCCGCCGCUGGCGGCUAUCGGCACAAGGAUGGUGGCGUCAAGGCGAUCACAGCCACCGUGCCCAUGAAGCACCCAUUUUUCGCGGGCAUAAAGAGCGUCAACUACCUCCCGAACGCACUGGCCAUGGCCGAAGCCGAAGAGCGAGGCGCGUUCGCGUCGGUCUGGGUCGACGAGGACGGGUACGUCGCUGAGGGCCCGACCAUGAACGUCGCGUUCGUCACCACGGGCGGCGACCUGGUGCUGCCGGCGUUCGACAGGGUCCUCAGCGGGUGCACGGCGAAGCGGGUCCUCGCGCUGGCGCCCGAGCUGGUUGGAGCCGGCCUGCUGAGGAGUGUCCGGGACGCAAGGAUUUCUGCCGAUGAGGCAAGGCAGUGCGCCGAGAUGAUGUUUCUUGGGAGCGGGCUGCCGUUGCUGCCGGUCGUCGAAUGGGACGGCAAACCAGUUGGGGAUGGAAGAGUUGGGAGAAUUAGUCUUGCCCUGUCUGAUAUGCUCUGGGACGACAUCAAGUCUGGUCCAGAUAGGAUUCCCGUUCCAUACAGUUGACGAGAGACGAUGAUCAUACUCUUCUGGUAGAUGAAACAAGUAUGAAUGUCAGGGGUUUCUAUAUACACUUCAUCAUUAAUCAAUAAUAAGUAUACAAACGGAGCUGUAUUAUAUUUUUGCCUUUUUCAAGUGCCUGAUUUCUUCGAGGACAAAAGUACACUUUUUUGUUGUUUUUGUUUCGUUUUCUUUUAGAUACCGAAUAAGGUCGAUGCUUCUGGAGCAGAAGAGAUUAGUCGGAACAGAAUUGAUAUCCAUGUAUUUUCAUCCAUGACAAGAAAUAUCUCUCUUAAAGAAGACCCAGACGACAUGCAUGACUGCUAAUAA